AUGGACCAUCCCAAAGCGAAUGCCGAGAAAGUGUUCAUCUCUUCAGCGCUUGAUCCACUCGCAGUCGGAGAAAUAAACGAGGGGCUACAGCCUCACGAAGAAGUAUCCAAGAUGCUAUCCAUCUUGACCGAUGCUGGGAUACAAUGUUGCUUUGUUCAAGAACAAGCACUGAUUUAUUAUGGAACUACGCGUGUACCACGCGACCUAGUAUUAUGCAUACCGGAUGAGCAAUUUCAACGUGCGGUUGAAUUAUUCAGCUCUAACAGCCAUAUCCUCCAGCCAUGUGGUCCAAGCCCGCUUAGGUCGCCAAAUUUGCUGAACCACAAGUACCCCAGGUUCAAGGCAAUUGGAUGGGCGUCUUUCUGGCUCCUAGUUCCGGGGAAUUACUGCCACCUCACAGUUAAGCCAGAGAAUAUCGAGUGGAGUCUAGGUGGCCUGCCGUACCCCAAGCUCUCAGUGUACGUGCAAAGUGCGAUUGAUUCCAAAAGCCUGUUAGAUCUAGAGGAGUUGAUAGAUGGAAUGGACCUCUCAGAGGAGUGGGGUCACAAAACACUCGACCUGGAAGGCCAGACUGAUACACAGUGGCUGGAAGAUCGCGCCCAGGCUUUCCGGGAUGAUGGGGUGGAUGAAAUGUUCAUCUUCGUUGACCCAACUCCUGUCUCGCGGAGAGAGAUCUGGCUGGAUGCGGUCAGAAAUAAACAGAGACGCCUGGGCUGGAAGUAUUCACCAGAUGUUUAUGCGAGUAGGUAUCGGAAAUAUGGAUCCAGGGACCCAAGGAGUGUCCGCAGGCCUGGUUUGUAG